CUGACCGACACCGAUUCCGCUGCUGUUACAAGAUCUUCGAAUAACCUAUCAUGAAAUUGAUUCACGAAUCACAGGACGCGAAGUUCGACAGAAAGAAUCUCAAACCUCAGGUUGAAAGACGUAGAAGAGAGAGAAUGAACCGCAGUCUGGAGAGCCUGAAGACACUUUUACUGCAGCAACAGGAAGCUUCUCGGCGCAGAGUGGAGAAAGCUGAGAUACUCGAGCGCACUGUGCUCUUCCUGCAGAGAACUGCUGAAGAAGAUAACACGAGAGUUGGAGAUGCUGCUGGAGCCCAGAAACACUCCUACCAGGACGGGUUCUCCACCUGCCUACAGAGAGCGUCACGUUUCCUCGGACCUGAUGGGAAAGGCCUGUGGCUCGGAGCAGCACUGGAUGCAUCUCUUGCUGCUCGCGUUUCCAGUUUAGACUCUGAUUCUGCAGGCGUCCAUAGAAGAACCGGAGUCUACUCCUCGUCCAGCUCUCUCAGGAAGUCCUCCACGUAUAUUCUGCGGAUGCUGAUACACAGGUCCGGGCACAAGCUGCGCACACCUGCCCCCUCUGUGCUCAGUUGUGUUCAGACCCUCGGAGAACCACAUUGCUCUGCCAUAACUCCCCACCAGCCCCGCAAAGUGGCGAGUCCAGCGAGCAAACAGAGCCCAUCUCAGAGCAUCACAGCCGGCCAGUCCCUGUGGAGGCCCUGGCCCUGAUCCAGAAGCAGUGACUCCAAAAACUGAACUUUUAAUGACUCUAACAGGCCGGUUAUUAUUUAUAAAAGAACAUGUGUUGUUAAUUCGAUUUCAAGGAAGUCUUCAGUGCAAUAUAUCCAACACGAAAUCCUACAUUCUGUUUAAGUCUGGCAACAUGUAAAUACUGUAAAUGUAUUUUGAUCACACCAAGUGCUGCUAUAGUCUUUUAAACUAUGUCAUAUUGAUACGCAUUUUUGCACCUUAAUUUAUAUUUAUUUGUCAUUUGCGAAUAAACAAAAGGAAAAAUAA